AAUAUAGAUCUAGAGUUUACAUCUAUUUCCGUUGUAAAAAUAUGUGACUUGUUGUCGCUACCAAGAAGUUGAUAGUUCGACAAAGAUCUAGAUCUAGAUCUCUAGACAUCAUUGCUUGUUAUUAAUAUUCUAAAUUAUUGACAGAAACCAUUAAACGAUGAAACAAAACGCGCUUACGAGUUCCAGCCAUAAGAGCUUUCAUUUGCAUUCAUUCUUCGGUUUAGUCUCAUCAGUCAAUUUAUUUUUGUUUGUUUUUGUAAUGUGCUGCAAUCAAAAAACUUUUGCAGUCGAUGUUAAUAGUAAUAGUCUGGCAUGUAAAUUUACAAGUUACACCGAUCAAAACAUGUUGAAGGAAGAAAUCGAAAGGAUAACUCCAUUGGUUGGGAAAACGUACACAUCUCAAAAUAACGAGCGAGAGUAUCAGUUCAUCGUUGGCAUCUGCCAGCCUGUCAUUGAAGGCACGAUAGUGGCAGUGGUGCAGCAGAAACUAGAUGCCAGUGGAAAAGUCAAUGGAGAUAUCAACACCUGGUUCCAUCUGGGGAACCUUAAUGACACACAUAUCAUGCUAGGCACUGACUGGCUGUUUCUUGAGUAUAAAGGUGGAGAUGUAUAUGGAAGUCAUUGUGGGAAUGAAAAGAAACACACAGCCAUUAUGAUAAGUUGUGAUGAAAAUGUUGAUGAUAACACGGCUAAGAUGACAUUUAUAGAAGAAGAGAAAGCCAAAACAGACAGCUGCUACUAUCUGUUUGAGAUGAAACAUCAGGCUGUUUGUCCCAAGUACUCAUCUAGCUCUGGCCUAAGUGUUGGCUCAAUACUUGUCAUUGUUUUCUUCAGUGUGCUUGCUGUUUAUCUGAUUGUUGGCUUUGCCUAUCAGCGUCUGGUGUUAAAAUCUAAAGGAAUAGAGCAGAUUCCUAAUUACCAGUUUUGGAAAGACUUUGGCAAUCUCCAAGCAGAUGGCUGUGAUUUUGUGUGCAGGACUAAAGAACGGAGACACACUAUUGGUGGUCUAGGUGAUGACCAGCUGGACGUCCCGGAGAUGAGAGAUGAAAAUCUUCUGCCAAUGUAGCCUGAGCACUGCUAGAUGGGGGACUUGUUUGAUAGAUGAAUGAGUCAGUCAUUUUUUCCAUUCAAAUAUAAAUUUUAUGGUUUUUUUCAUAACUCUUAAGAUUGAAACAAAGUGUAUCGUUCUACUCUAACCAUGUUGAACUCACUGAUGACCACACCUAAUCUCUCAAGCAAUUGGUUAGCCUACAGCUGAUUGUCUAGGAGUUGGUUUGUGGUCUAAUGCAUUCCUUAUGUACAUGGCUUUGAUCUAUUUUUUUUAUUGUCUCAACACAGACACUGAGGUAAAAGGGUUUUAUUUUUCUACAGUGUACACUACUUUGUGUUACUGCAGUGUACAGUACUUUGUGUUACUGCAGUGUACAGUACUUUGUGUUACGGCAGUGUACAGUUCUUUGUGUUACUGCAGUGUACAGUACUUUGUGUUACGGCAGUGUACAGUACUUUGUGUUACGGCAGUGUACAGUACUUUGUGUUACCGCAGUGUACAGUACUUUGUGUUACGGCAGUGUACAGUACUUUGUGUUACCGCAGUGUACAGUACUUUGUGUUACUGCCAGUGUACAGUACUUUGUGUUACUGCAGUGUACAGUACUUUGUGUUACUGCAGUGUACAGUACUUUAUGUUACUACAGUGUACAGUACUUUGUGUUACUGCAGUGUACAGUACUUUGUGUUACGGCAGUGUACAGUACUUUAUGUUACCGCAGUGUACAGUACUUUGUGUUACGGCAGUGUACACUACUUUGUGUUACUGCAGGGUACUGUACUUUAUUUUACUACAGUGUACAGUACUUUGUUACUACAGUGUACAGUACUUUGUGUUACUACCAGUGUACAGUGUUUCGUAUUACUGCAAAGAAAUUUUAUGACUGGAUUUUUAUGUUAUCUUUUCUUUUUUUUUUGUGUGGAUGCUCCAUGUGUGGGUGGCUGGUGUGUGUGUCUGGAACAUGUGUGUGACUGGUGUGUGUGUGUCUGGAUCAUGUGUGUGGGUGGCUGGUGUGUG